UCAAAAUAUUACAAAUACUUUCGCGCUAUUUUGCGAUGGCAGCAGGGGCUGUGGCAGCACCGUUCAUCAUUCCCCUGAAGCACCCCAGAACCCAGAACCUGAUUGAUGACAGGACCUUUGUGAGCAUCCAGUCAGAAACCCCAGGCGUCCUGGUCUUCUUCACUCUGGACGGGUCCAAGCCCGCUUCAAGCCGAACCAGCAGGAGCUACACCGGGCCCAUCUUGCUGCCGCCGGGCCGGGUGUGUGUCAAAGCGGUGGCUGUUGCCAGGGACGGCAGGGAAAGCUCAACUGUGACAAAAGAUUUCUUGGUUGAGAAAGUUCUUUCCGAGGAGAAACCAGAACCAGAAGCUUUCAUACAGGCCAAAUCUGAGGACCACCAUUCUGGUGCUUCAGUUUUGGGGUAUCCAGGUCCUCGAUUUCUGAAGAAGCGACUUGGACCUGCAGCUGCCUCCUGGACCUCUCUGCGUCACUUAUCGCCACAUAACCACAAGCAGUCGGCCUGUCAAUCAAACACAUCUGACGACAGUUUAAGCAUCAGGGCCCGCCUCCUGAAACGGGUCCAUUUUCAGAGAUGUGAUCAGUGUUCCGGUCCUCUGGAACACCUGGCUAGCUUCUGUCAUCUGUGUGGCGAGAGCGUGAGAGAGGCUCCUCCCCCUACCGAGGACGGACAGUCGAGUUCCUGCAAACACUCCGAGCUGCCUGAUCUGCGACGAACCUGUUCAACACCUAACAGCGCCCCCUCUGUCACGGCAAAACACAUCAGGACGCUGGAGUGUCCCAAAUGUGAAAGUCUGAACAGAAGUGAUGCACGAUUCUGUAACUGGUGCGGCGCCAAGCAAGUGGCCUGCAGUGUGGUGUGCUGCCGGUGUGGAGCAAGUGGACCUCCAGAUGCAGUCCACUGUGUUGUCUGCGGAGGACACCUGGAGAUUCAGAGGGGCGCUGUUCCAGACAAGGCGUCCCCUGAUAUCUGCGCACAAAGCGACCAGUCUCCGCCUCGCACUGCCGAGCGGGCCACUCAGACAGUCGGACUUUAUUACCCAUCAGCCACUGAGCUGAACAAGAGAGACCAGCUGAGGGAGCAGCAGCAAAAACACAGCAGUGAGCGCCAGCCACCUCUGACCGCUACAAGCCCAGGAAGAGGUUACUGGAGAAAACAGCUCGAUCAUGUUUGUGGCCACUUGAGGAACUUUGCUCUCAACAAUCCUGAAUUCAGAGUUCUACUGGGAGAACCUCGACUGGGCCGGAUUGUUUCGGCUUUGAUCCAAGAAGACGUGUAUGAAGUCAGCCUGAUGUUGAACUUCACGUCUCGGGGUGGUGCUGAAGGGGGCGCCAUCCCACGGAGUCACCUGCGGACUCUCAGCAGUGUCACCGAGCGAGCUACUGGGAGCAAGCCGAGAUAGGUUCAAUGGUUAUGGUCAAAAAAGAACAACAAUGUUUUUAAGAUUUUUUAUUUAAAUAGUACAAAAAUCUUCUUUGGUGGAUACAAUGCAGUACUACGUAUAUGUCCAGUGGUGAAUUUACAGUGCAAAAGGCUAUAAAGAGGUGAGAAUUAAACAGAAGGAAUGUUAAAAGCCUGUAUGGCAGAAUAUAUCACAUAUAAUUCAGUCACAUAUGUAAAACAAGAAUGGGAUGCUACAAUUCCAUAUCACAGUUGCACCAACCAAAAGAGCUUAAUUCCCCUUUCCUUAUUGUUUUGAGUGAGCUCUCUUUGAGUUACCCACUGGGUUAAGUUUAACUGUAGAGAAAGCAGAGGGACGGUAACAGCAGUGGCAGUAACUCAUAAUACAGUGCCGAGAGCACAGGAGCAUUCAUAAAAGCAGGUCACUUAAAUGCAUCAACUUGUUGUAAACAUUUUUGUUUCUCUUGUUUUAACUUGUUUUAGAAAAAUAAAUAAACAAAACGAUAAUUUCUAUAAAAGACAAUGUGCAAAUUAAAGAACAGGCAUUUGUGAUCAUUUCAGUUUGGUCCCGAAGAACGGCAACCUACUAGGCAGGUGGGAUGGAAGCGGAUUCCCAUUUAAGUAGCUUGGUCCCUGAUGCACACUUUUUUUGCCAAAUGAUGUAAUUUACACAGGCAGCAGAGAGUUGGGGAAGCGUGAAAGCACUGGCUUAAGAUGAGUUAAACAGGAGCGAACAGUGAUGGAGGCUGUCUCCAAUAGCUCACAGGAUUUCAGAACAGAAGAAGAUGAGCCGUAAAUUACAGUACAGCUUAAAAAAGAGAACUGGAUUGCUCAUAUGCAUUAGGAACAAGAGUGUCUCUACAAUGGAGCCCUGAGGUUCACCUGCAGUGGAGUGUUGACACUGUUUUAGCUGCUAAAUAAGUUGAGCACCAGCUCACAGCAUGGUUCCACAAGGCCAUGGGUGACCUGAUACCUGGAUCCAAUGGUUGACAAAAGUCUAUAAAAAGAGCUGCGCGAUAUAUUCCAGAACAUUUGAGUUGUUCACUGACUGUCCUAUAGCUGGUUACAGCACCUUUCAGCACCAGACAGUAGCUGACUUCAAGAACAAAGGAUCCAGCAGAUUUACUAAGAUCCAAAUGUUCUAAAGCCUGAGGGAACUUCAAAUGGAGUCACAGCAUAAUGGCUGGUGAUUGGGGGUGAACCCCUGGCACUGUAGAGCGACGUGAAAUCGUGUCAACCAAAGAGCCUGAGACAAAGUUAGGGCUGGGCAAUUGGGCGAUCAGCAUUUUUUUUCAUAUUGUUCAAAUUAUUCUCGGGUUUUCAAAAUGCCAGUUUUUGAGUCAUCUGUACUGAAAACAAAUUUUAAGGAAUUUUAGGAAAAAGA